UCUCCCUAUCUGUGUUGGCCCUGCGUGAAGCUGGCCCCCCACAACACAGUGGAAAUGGUCUCAGUCGUUUGUGCUGCGUUACUGCUGGUUUUUGCUGAAAAAAUUUGAGAUUUUUUGGUUGGUGUCACUAUUUAAUUUAGGGCGUUUCAUUUAUAGAGUGGGAAGAAUGGAAGAGGAGAUUAAGUUUUGUUAAAGUUGUUUGGGCUUGUUGUGCAGCGAGCACGAUGGCUUGGAGGUUUAGACAAAGCAUAAGUUAAUUAACGAUAGAAAUGUUCUGUUUUCUACAAAUUCUUGGUGUAACCAAUAUGUUAAAUUGUGCACAUAAAGCCAUUUGAAUUUCAUCCUUUUUGAGUCGUCAUCGUUUAUGUCUAGUACUUCCUGUCUUACUUUGAACUUCCUCUACUCCGUAGGUUACAAGCAAGGCAGCUUUCUGAUUCAUGGCAGUCCCUUAUUUUCUAGUUGGCUGGCUGUUAACAUGGUUAACGUAGCUUUAAAGGAAUAUUAACAGUCAAGAAGCAAGUUAUUUGUCCAAUACUUUGACAACAACUGACUACUUAAAAGACAGAUAAGAAAAUGGCUGCUUUUAGGGCUGCACGCCUUUAAAAAUAAGAUGCCUCAUCUUGGAUGGAUGAUCCGGUUUCUUCUCUCUGUGUUAGGUUUGAUGACACGACUCAGUCACUCACGAACUCUCCUCACGGAUGUCUGAUGUCUCACCUGCUGUGUAGCGCCGUGAUCUGUAAUAUCUGAGAUUUAUUUUAAGAUAACAAAGUUAUUUUAAAAAACAUGACUGUACUGUAAUUUUAUGUUAAUGAACUUAACAACUGAAAACUACACAAACACUGACUUUGUUCAAACAUGUCAGAUGACCUGAGAACAAAUCCAAGAAAUGGAAAGUUUCAUUACUAUCUGUGUUAAAAGCUAGGAACAGAUUUGUUGGUAGGAACGAUUGAAAACGAGGUCCUUCGUUGUUGUUAAUAUAAAAUGGAGCGAAACCAUUCUGUAGGUGAGAAUCAGUAUUUCAUCAUAUUUUUCUACUCACGUUGCCCAAAGGAAGUUAAACCAGAACUGGCCUAAGACCAGAACCCUGAGGACCACCAGAACUAACUCGGAUACACAAUACAGACACAAACUGGAACCUGUCCAGUAGAUAGGAUCUGAACCAGUUUAAUCCGGUUCCAGAUGUUUUUUGAAAAGAAUAUGAUUAAUCUGUCAGCUUUGUGUGUUCAUUCAUGUAAAUGAACUGAGUCGUGAUGUUCUGCUGCAGGCUGGUGAUGUUCUGCUGCAGGCUGGUGAUGUUCUGCUGCGGGCGGGAGAUGUUCUGCUGCAGGCUGGUGAUGUUCUGCUGCAGGCGGGUGAUGUUCUGCUGCAGGCUGGUGAUGUUCUGCUGCGGGCGGGUGAUGUUCUGCUGCGGGCGGGUGAUGUUCUGCUGCGGGCGGGUGAUGUUCUGCUGCAGGCGGGUGAUGUUCUGCUGCGGGCUGGUGAUGUUCUGCUGCGGGCGGGUGAUGUUCUGCUGCGGACGGGUGAUGUUCUGCUGCGGGAAGGUGAUGUUCUGCUGCGGGAAGGUGAUGUUCUGCUGCGGGAAGGUGAUGUUCUGCUGCGGGCUGGUGAUGUUCUGCUGCGGGCUGGUGAUGUUCUGCUGUGGGCUGGUGAUGUUCUGCUGCGGGCUGGUGAUGUUCUGCUGCGGGAAGGUGAUGUUCUGCUGCGGGAAGGUGAUGUUCUGCUGCAGGCGGGUGAUGUUCUGCUGCUGGCUGGUGAUGUUCUGCUGCGGGCAGGUGAUGUUCUGCUGCGGACGGGUGAUGUUCUGCUGCGGGAAGGUGAUGUUCUGCUGCGGGCUGGUGAUGUUCUGCUGCGGGCGGGUGAUGUUCUGCUGCGGGCGGGUGAUGUUCUGCUGCGGACGGGUGAUGUUCUGCUGCAGGCGGGUGAUGUUCUGCUGCAGGCGGGUGAUGUUCUGCUGCAGGCGGGUGAUGUUCUGCUGCGGGAAGGUGAUGUUCUGCUUCCUUCUGCACUGUGGAAGCAGCAGCAGUGUUUCUGUGUGUGGCGAGCCUCUGUACAACAAACACUUCAUAUGCUUCUUUUUGUGGUUGUUAAAGAACGUUCUAAUAAUAGCAGGUUCUUAUCAUAGUAACCAUAUUUUUGACCACGCUACGUACUAAUAUAUGUGUGCAUGAGUGUGCAUGAUGUGAAGUCGUGAUGCAUGCCCAAUAACAAAAUAAUUUGAGCCCUCGUCUAAAAUCCAGAUCUAAUCAACAAGUUUUAUGUUUUUCCUCUUUAGGGUUUGUUUCAAAGGUUAUUUUUGUCCCUGAAAUUCAUAUUGAAGAAUGAAAACAGUUUACCCUCAUCCAGCACUAAAUAUUAUGAAUGAGCUCUGUUUGGAGAAUCCGUUAGUUUUUCUGAUGAAUGUGUCCAUUAUGGGUUCCUCGUAUUUUAGUAAAAAAUUGCUCUAUAUUGG